AUGUCUAAUAGCGGCAUCUUCACAAGGAAACAAGCGGCAACAGGAUGUCCAAUACGUACACAAGUUUGCCGAUCUCUGUUCAUGCAACACACUACUAGUUUCUUUGUAUCUAUCUACAUAUCUUCAUAUCUCUGUCUGGGUCUCUCGUUGUCGUUUCAAAUAUCUCUCUCUCUCUCUCCGUCUCUCCAGUCGUUUCAUAUCUAUCUCCCUCGCACUCUCGUAGUUUCAAAUCUCUCUCUCAGUUUCAAAACUGUCUCUCUCACUCUCGUAGUUUCAAAUCUCUCUCUCGCUAUAGUUUCAUCUCUCACUCUCUCUUUACUUUCAUAUCUCUCUUUGUUUAAGUCACUCUAUCUGUGUCACUUCAAAUCUCUCGCGGUCUCUCUCUGUCGCUGCAAUAUAUAUCUACCUGUUUUUCUAUGUCAUUUCACAUCUCUCUCACUCGGUCUGUGUCACUUCAAAUCUGUAUAUCUAUGUUUAACUUCAAAUCUCUCUCUCUCGAUCUUUCUGUCUUUCUUCAUAUCUGUCUCUCGAUCUUGA